AUGUUACUGGCACUCGCAGUUGAGUCGAAGGAAAGAGUAGCUAUACAAGGCAAGCGGAAAUUAAUUUUGGAAUCAGUGCAGACUUCCUGCGAUCAUGAUUUUGUGGAAUAUUUCCGACUAGUGCCCAAUCAAAAUAUACUAUAUACUUUUCGAGUUGUUAAAACAGCUCCAUCCUUUACAAUUACCAUUAUCAUGCGCAAUGUGAAGUCGCAGCGAAUAAUGUACAAGAUCAAAAACUUGGAUGGCUGUGAGUUUUUGAAAAACCAGCUAAUGAACAAAGUCCUUUCUCGGACUUACCGCGCUUUACUUGUGAACAACACAUUCUUCAAGUGCCCGAUCGAGCCAAAGGUUUACUUUCUAAGAAAUUUGACAGAAGCCAUGAUAGUGCCGAACAUUCAUCCCGCUGGCUAUUAUCAACUUAGCAUGCGAGUUCAGAUGUCACAGAGUUCAGCACCUUUUGUUAUGGAGAUUCUCUGGAAGUAUAAAAUAGUAUUUUUUAAGUAA